GUUGGCCGUGUUAGUAUCGGGUCACUAUACCUACUGUCAGAAAAUUGCAACAAUGACACCGUUGUUUUGACAAAUAGUGUCGGUUCGAAACCCGGCUGACUGUGAUUCUGUGAGUGUGUGGGAGUGCAUGACAACCUUAGGAUUGUUUGAUUCUGAAUAUAGAGCGCGGCCUGGAUCGAGUUGGCUGCGACCGUCGGCCCAAAACAAAUUGACGAACGCCGCUGCUAUGACGACCGCCACGGUGCGUUGCAAUUGAACAGUUGGAGAAGACACGGAUUUUUCGUUUUCUUUUGCGUUUUUUUAUUCUUUAUUUAUUUUUGUUCGCGUGUGAGAGUGUUGAUAAACUGUUGUAACCCAUGAUUAUGGAGAUGACGAACGAGUCUGCGGCGGUCGGCCGAUGGUACGAAUCGCCCAGGACGGGUACUUCGGCCAGUCCGGGACAAGGGACUAUCGAAAGUGGCAAUCCGGACAUAAAUACGAGUGUUGCCGAACACAUGGGAGCUUUUUUCUUGGACCCGUCGGGCACGCAAAGGGCCGCAAGGUACUACCACCAAAGCAUGCAUUCGCCGUAUGGGACCGUCGCCAGUCAUGUUUCAGCGUCGAGGAUGUCCUCCGGCCAGGUGUGCAGGUCGCACUUCCACGCCCCCCUCCACCCGUGGCUGUCGGACGGCACGAAGCCCCUCGGCCACUCGGGCUGGGUGCCGUUCGGCGGCGGCGAUCCCGACAAAUCGCAGUCGCCGAGUUCCGCCCCCGGCCAGCCGCACAACAUCUUCUCGUUCCCGCCGACGCCGCCGAAGGACAGCACGCCGGACAGCGUGGCACCGACGGCCGGCGCCGAGUACGUGGCGGCGGCGAUGGGCGCUUUCAUGCACGGCGGUGCCGCCUCCUCCGACAACCCCCAGAGCUGCGCCCUCGACGUCAAGCCUUCGGCCGUCGGCUCGACGGCGAACAACAAACAGCGCGAAGGUAGUGACUAUGAAGGGGGCACAGCCGGCAUGUUUAAUGGUAACUUUGAAAGCUCGUACGGGUCUGCGUAUGGCCACGGUAUUCACGGGGCCGCGUACUCGCCCCAGAACAAACAGCACCUGGGGGCGGCUGGACAGGGCGCGCAAUCGCCCAACAAACCACGCAACAAGUCGAGAACCAGCGCCGAGGGUAGGGAGUGCGUCAAUUGUGGUGCGACGAGCACGCCGCUGUGGCGACGCGACGGCACCGGACACUACCUCUGCAAUGCGUGUGGACUUUAUUAUAAGAUGAAUGGACAAAACAGGCCACUCAUCAAACCAAAAAGAAGACUGAGCUUACAAAGCGCGGCCAGGAGGGCCGGGACCAGUUGUGCUAACUGCAAGACGACAACCACAACCCUUUGGAGACGCAACCAAAAUGGCGAACCCGUCUGUAACGCCUGCGGACUGUACUACAAACUGCAUAAUGUUAACCGACCCUUAACGAUGAAGAAAGAGGGCAUCCAGACGAGGAACCGAAAGCUGUCGUCAAAAAGUAAAAAGAAGAAGAGCGGCGGUUCGUGUUUGUCGCUCGGUGGUAUGAUGGGUGAUAUGAUGAAGCCUCUGGAUAGCGGUAAAGGUGGUUUCGGAGGCGGCGGUUUCGGGGGUGGAAUGGGUGGCGGACACCCGCAUCUGAACGCAGCUUUACACCCGCACCACGCCAUGAGCCAUUGGUACCAACACAGUACGCACCCUCAAGGGUUCGUUUCGGGUCCGCCGCCCCCCGCACCUCCGCCCACGGCGUCCUACCAUCACCACAUGAGUUCUUUGAGCGCGGCAGGGCUCGGACUAGCAUCGAAUGGGAUGACUAGUUGGCGAUCGGAAUACACGUGAUAAAAUGGAGUAGCCUGAAAAACAAGGAAUUUAAUGUAAGAAUUGUAGAUAUUAACGUUAAGGAUUUAAUUAAUUGAACGUGAUCAUAAGAAAAACUGGUCGUCUGUCAUUAUGUACAUUUUAUUUAGGUUUUUUGUAAAUUCGUUGGGUGAUUUCGUGACCAGUUUGUAUGUAUAAUUAAGUACAAAGAUGAAAGCGUUUGUAAUGUAUUGUAUAUAGAUGUUAGUUUGUUUUAAGGCAUUUUUAAUACAAGUGAUGUACAUAGAACAAAAAUUUUAAAGACAUGUGCAAUCUUCACGUUAUUAUAAAGUAUUUAUAUGUGUGAACGAAGAGAUAUAUGCUGGUCCGAAAGUCACGCUUGCGUUAACGUUCAAAUCAGACCGCUUCGGACCAGGUUAUAUAGACUGCAAAUAAUGUAAAUAAUGAGAAACAAGAACAUUUUAUGAGUUGUAUGAAAGCCGACCAAUUUUAUUAUUAAAUGACAGUUUUUAAAUUAUUAUUCAUGUGCAUAAGCAUUUUUAUUAAAAAAUUCUAGUUUAAAACACGCGCACCCUGUAGAGAAUUCCGGCCGGGGUUUAAAACAGACUAUUUUUAAUAUAUGAUUUCAAGUCACAGUACAAAUUCGUGUUAAGUUUUACAUUUUUAACGUUGCCGAUUCGAUACAGGGUGCUUCCAAAGCCAUGUUACAAUGCGGCGUUUUCGUUUAGACGCUGUGUUGAUAUUUGAAUCGAUUUUUCGAUUUGUAAUUUAAGUGAAAUAGCAUAAUUAAAAUUUUCAAAAAAAUGUAAAUAAAAUUCGAUGUAUGUAUAUGCUCUUUGUGUGAUAUAUAAAAUAUUCAAACCAUA